UUGAAGUCUCGCGUUCUAGAGGUUAUCAAAAUUGAACCCAAGAUAUCAAUCGUGUUAACCCUUGAUCUUCUUGAUCGUUAUAAAUAAUAUUAUAAACAACAUUUAUUAUCAGUUUUGCAAAGACCCCCCGGAGAUUCAGUCAAUUUUUGAAAGCGCAAUAUGGUUUCCAAAGGUGGCGAUUUGGCGUUGCUCUCGGUAUCUGACAAAACUGGCUUGAUAGAAUUGGGGAGAAACCUAAGCAGUUUGGGCUUUAGGCUUGUAGCUAGCGGAGGAACAGCCAAAUCAUUGAGAGAUGUGGGACUUCUUGUAAGAGAUGUGUCUGACAUAUCUAACGCUCCUGAAAUUUUGGGCGGGAGGGUUAAAACUUUGCACCCUGCGGUCCACGGCGGCAUUUUGUCUAGGCUAAUACCGUCGGAUCAAGAAGACUUAAAGAAGCAGAAUAUUGAAAUGAUUAGGAUUGUAGUCUGCAACCUUUACCCGUUUGUGCAGACAGUAUCAAAACCGAAUGUAACUAUUGCAGAUGCAGUGGAAAACAUUGACAUUGGGGGCGUAACUCUUCUCAGGGCAGCCGCUAAGAAUCACGAACGCGUUACCAUCAUUUGUGAUCCAUCCGACUAUGAAAAAGUUGUUGAUGAGAUCAGAAAUAACCCCAAAAAAGAUACUAGUUUGGAAACAAGGCAAUCGCUCGCCCUCAAAGCGUUCACUCACACCUCUGAAUAUGAUCUCGCGAUAACAGAUUAUUUCCGCAAACAAUAUUCCCCAAACCGGUCCCAAAUCACACUUAGAUACGGAAUGAAUCCACAUCAAAAACCCGCCCAGAUUUUUACCACCCUUCCUCGGCUGCCUCUAAACGUUCUGAACGGGUCGCCCGGCUUUAUCAAUCUUUGCGACGCUUUAAAUGGCUGGCAGCUUGUAAAAGAACUAAAGACCGCUUUGGGAUUACCGGCCGCUACUAGUUUUAAACACGUGUCACCCGCAGGUGCAGCAGUCGGCACCCCCUUGUCACCCGAAGAAGCGAAAUUAUGCAUGGUAGACGACCUGCUGGAAAGUAUUACGCCUCUGGCCUCGGCUUACGCCCGAGCCAGGGGCUCCGACAGGAUGUCGUCGUUUGGCGAUUUCGUAGCCCUUUCGGACGUGUGCGACGAAGUGACAGCCCGGAUUAUUUCUAGAGAAGUCUCGGACGGCGUAAUCGCUCCGGGGUAUACCCCCGGAGCCCUAAAACUCUUGGCCAAGAAGAAGGGCGGAGUUUACUGCGUAUUGCAGAUCGACCCAGAGUAUGAACCGGAUCCCAUAGAGCGUAAAAUCCUAUUCGGUUUGACUCUGGAGCAGAGACGGAACGACGCGUCGAUCGACGCGUCUUUGUUUAAAAAUAUCGCUACUAAAAAUAAAAAUUUGCCCGAAACCGCGAUCAGGGAUCUUAUCGUGGCUACCAUCGCCUUGAAGUACACCCAAAGCAAUUCGGUGUGCUACGCCAGAGACGGACAAACCAUCGGCAUAGGGGCCGGCCAACAGUCCCGCAUUCACUGCACCAGGUUGGCGGGGGAGAAAGCUGAUAAUUGGUGGCUCAGAAGGCACCCCAAAGUGCUUACCUUGAAGUUCAAGAAGGGCGUGACGCGGGCUGAAAUUUCGAACGCCAUCGAUAACUAUGUCAACGGGACCGUCGGCAAAGACAUGGACCGGCAGAUAUUUAAUUCGAUGUUUGACACGGCGCCCUCUGAAUUCACAGAACAGGACAGAGGUGAUUGGCUCGCGACCAUGUCGGGUGUUUCGUUGGCCUCCGACGCAUUUUUCCCCUUCAGGGACAACAUCGAGAGAGCGAAACUGAGCGGAGUUUCGUUCAUCGGAAGCCCGUCCGGAUCUAAAAAUGACGAGGAAGUCGUCCAGGCCUGUAACGACCACAAUAUUGUCUUGGCGUUCACGAAUUUACGUUUAUUCCACCACUGAUACAAGCUUGCCUCUGCUUCAUAUUUUAAUAAACGUUUUGAUAGUAUAUAUACAUUUUU